GCCCGGCCCGGCCGCAGCCCGCUGGGCGCCGCAGGCUUCAGAAAAAUUGGGGCCACCGGGGUCGUCAGGUGCUGGGAUGACUCAUGCGGACCCUGUCUCCUUUCAAAGUUGCAAAGUGAGGACUUCCAGAGAACUUUGUGCCCGGACACUGGCCACCCCCUUGGCAAUGGGCAGUGACUGUCCUGACCUCUGACCUCAGCUCUCUGGCCCUCCUGGACACAGCAGCCCCUUCCCAUCCCCUCUGAUCUAAGUUAAUUAGAAGGUAUCAGGAGGGGGCCACCUGCCCACCCAACGCUCACCCUGCUUCCUGUCCCACCUCUUUCCGUGGCUUUUCCACAGGGCUGAGCCCAGAGUCUCCUCUGCUCCCCAGCUCUCAGGAUGGGGUUCCCAGCAGCACAGGACCUCGGGGGGGCCCAGCGUUGGGCAGCAGGGCGUUCUCUCUGGCCAGCAGCCUGGGCCUUCACUGCUAGUGCUUCCACUACUUGUUUGGCUGAGGUGGUGGUGAUGGGUCUGUGGGCAGGGGACUGAGAGGUUCCAGAGAGAGAUUGGGGGCGGGUCAGCCUGCCAGGCCCGCAGACAAGUCUGUGAAGAGGGUCAGGUGGGAUAGCUCAGCCAGCACAGAGACAGGAGCCUGGUGCAGGGCUGGAGUGGGCUGGGGGUCCUCAGUGCCCACCUUGGCUGUUUUCCGUCUGUGUCUGGAGAGAAGAUUCCAAGGGUACCUGCCUGGGUAGGUUGGCAUUGCAUCAGGUCUGCAUGGGAAGGUACCAGGGCCCCAGUGAGAAGCUGUGCCCCCACUGCUGGGCCCGGGCAGCUUGUGAGCCAGCAGCCAUCAUCGGAGACAUAAUUGUCCCCUGGAGGAAUGUUGCCAGCCUCCUUCCUCCUGCACAAGGCACCUCUCCCGGGGGCACACCCCUCCCAGCAUCACCUCCAGCAUCAUCUCCGCAGCUAUGGGGCUGUGUGUUGGGAAGGGGAUCUGGAAGCUGGUGAGGGUCUCAGGACAGGACUAGAUCCUUCCAAACUGAUGACGCCUCCUGGGUUAUCUGGGGAGACCUUGGCUGGCAGCCCCUCCCCUAAGUCAGAACCCCCCAUCACUUGCUUUUCCCACGUGAACAAAACCACAGGAGGGCAGGCCCCUCUUCCCUGACCAGCGAGGACCUGCCAAGGGCGAGGCUCCAGGGCAGCCUCACCAUAUGUUCUGAGUGGGGCCCGUCAGGCCUCACAGAUUGUCUACUUGCUCUGCAGAGAUGACGGAUCCUUUCUGCGUUGGAGGCCGUCGGCCCCCGGGGUCCAGCAAGGGUCCCGGGAAGGAUGGCAGUCGAAAGGAGGUCCGACUUCCAAUGCUGCAUGAUCCACCGAAGAUGGGGAUGCCGGUGGUCCGUGGUGGACAGACAGUGCCUGGCCAAGCCCCUCUCUGCUUUGACCCAGGAAGUCCAGCCAGUGACAAGACAGAAGGGAAGAAAAAGGGGCGGCCAAAAGCCGAGAACCAGGCCCUCCGAGACAUUCCUCUCUCCCUGAUGAACGACUGGAAGGAUGAGUUCAAGGCACACUCGAGGGUGAAGUGUCCAAACUCGGGGUGCUGGCUGGAGUUCCCCAGCAUCUACGGGCUCAAGUACCAUUACCAGCGGUGCCAAGGGGGUGCCAUCUCAGAUCGGCUCGCCUUCCCCUGCCCCUUCUGCGAGGCUGCAUUCACCUCUAAGACCCAGCUGGAGAAACACCGGAUUUGGAACCACAUGGACCGACCUCUGCCUGCCUCCAAGCCUGGGCCCAUCAGCAGGCCGGUCACCAUCAGCCGGCCCGUUGGGGUCAGCAAGCCCAUUGGAGUGAGCAAACCUGUCACUAUUGGCAAACCUGUGGGUGUCAGCAAACCCAUUGGCAUCAGCAAGCCAGUCUCUGUUGGCAGACCCAUGCCAGUCACCAAGGCCAUGCCAGUCACUAGGCCCGUGCCAGUCACCAAACCUGUCACAGUCAGCAGGCCCAUGCCAGUCACCAAGGCCAUGCCGGUCACUAGGCCUGUGCCAGUCACCAAACCUGUCACAGUCAGCAGGCCCAUGCCAGUCACCAAGGCCAUGCCGGUCACUAGGCCUGUGCCAGUCACCAAACCCAUCACAGUCACCAAGUCUGUGCCAGUCACCAAACCUGUACCUGUCACCAAACCCAUUACGGUCACAAAACUUGUGACAGUUACGAAACCCGUGCCGGUCACCAAGCCAGUGACAGUCAGCAGGCCCAUCGUGGUCAGCAAGCCGGUGACAGUCAGCAGGCCCAUUGCCAUCAGCAGACACACACCGCCCUGCAAAAUGGUGCUGCUGACCAAGUCGGAAAACAAAGCACCUCGUGCCACAGGGAGGAACAGUGGUAAGAAAAGGGCUGCGGACGGCCUGGACACCUGCCCAAUUCCACCCAAGCAGGCCAGGCCAGAGAAUGGGGAGUACGGCCCCUCCACCAUGGGCCAGAGCUCGGCCUUCCAGCUGAGUGCAGACGCCAGCAGUGGCUCCUUGUCACCAGGCAGCAGGCCGUCGGGGGGCGUGGAGGCACUGAGGGCUGCAGGCCCUGCGUCCCCACCUGAGGAGGACCCCGAGCGCACGAAGCACAGAAGGAAACAGAAAACACCCAAGAAGUUUACAGGGGAGCAGCCAUCCAUCUCAGGGACCUUUGGGCUCAAAGGCCUGGUCAAAGCUGAGGACAAGGCCCGAGUUCACCGCUCCAAGAAGCAGGAGGGGCCAGGCCCUGAGGAUGCCCGGAAGAAGGUGCCAGCCCCCAUCACUGUCAGCAAGGAGGCACCAGCCCCCAUGGCCCACCCAGCUCCAGGUGGCCCUGAAGAGCAGUGGCAGAGGGCCAUCCACGAGCGCGGGGAAGCCGUGUGCCCCACCUGCAACGUGGUCACCCGGAAGACGCUCGUGGGGCUCAAGAAGCACAUGGAGGUGUGUCAGAAGCUUCAGGAUGCACUCAAGUGCCAGCACUGCCGGAAGCAGUUCAAGUCCAAAGCUGGCCUCAACUACCACACCAUGGCCGAGCACAGUGCCAAGCCCUCUGAUGCCGAGGCCUCUGAGGGGGGUGAGCAGGAGGAGCGCGAGCGGCUGCGCAAGGUGCUGAAGCAGAUGGGACGGCUACGCUGCCCCCAGGAGGGUUGCGGGGCUGCCUUCUCCAGCCUCAUGGGCUACCAGUACCACCAGCGGCGCUGUGGGAAGCCACCCUGCGAGGUGGACAGCCCCUCCUUCCCCUGCACCCACUGUGGCAAGACAUACCGAUCCAAGGCCGGCCACGACUACCACGUGCGCUCGGAGCACACGGCCCCUCCCCCUGAGGAGCCCACAGACAAGUCCCCCGAGGCUGAGGACCUGCUGGGUGUGGAGCGGACCCCAAGCGGGCGUGUCCGCCGCACGUCGGCCCAGGUGGCGGUGUUCCACCUGCAGGAGAUAGCAGAGGACGAGCUGGCCCGCGACUGGACCAAGCGGCGCAUGAAGGAUGACCUCGUGCCCGAGACCGCACGGCUCAACUACACUCGGCCAGGGCUCCCCACGCUGAACCCCCAGCUGCUAGAGGCAUGGAAGAAUGAAGUGAAGGAGAAAGGCCACGUCAACUGUCCCAAUGAUUGCUGUGAAGCCAUCUACUCCAGUGUGUCCGGACUCAAGGCUCAUCUUGCCAGCUGCAGCAAGGGGGCCCACCUGGCGGGGAAGUACCACUGCCUGCUGUGUCCGAAGGAGUUCAGCUCUGAGAGUGGCGUCAAAUACCACAUCCUCAAGACCCACGCAGAGAACUGGUUCCGAACAUCAGCAGACCCACCUCCCAAACACAGGAGCCAGGACUCAUUGGUGCCCAAGAAGGAAAAGAAAAAAAAUCUGGCAGGUGGGAAGAAGCGGGGCCGAAAACCCAAGGAGCGGCCCCCAGAGGAGCCUGUGGCCAAGCUGCCCCCACGCCGGGACGACUGGCCUCUAGGAUGCAAAGACAAGGGGGCCCGGGGCUCCACUGGCCGGAAGGUGGGAGCCAGCAAGGCGCCUGAAAAGUGAGCUUGGUGGGUGGGGCCUGGCCCCCAUGCAGCUGCCACACCGCCCUCUGUUCAAGGCAGGGCUAGCUCCGGGACCUCUGUCCUCCAGUUCUCCAUCCCCCACCCCCACCUCUUCAUCUGUCCAGUGGGGGCAGCCAGCCACGCUCCCUUCCCUGAAGGUGGCCCUUCCCCUGUUAAGGCUGCCACAGGGCACACCUGGGUUGGGGCUCCCCAAGGUGUGUCCAGCAGAAGUGCAAUAGCCGGGAGGGUUGCCCCUCCCCAUGGGAAUGUGUCUGGGGUCUUGGUGCCACAGGGGCUGCAGUGCAGAGCAGGCAGAUGGCCUUUGGCCUCCGGGCUCUGCUUCCUCAGGCCCUGCCGGGUCCCCACCCUGGCUCCCUCAAGGCUCAGGCAUCCCUGGUGACCUGUGGUUCUGGGCUGGUGAGGGCACCUGAGCGACUGGCAGCCGGCAGCCACCAUCCUGGCCUCACCUCCACCCAACACUGGAACUCCAGCACCCCCAGCUACCUCCCAGGACAGACCCCCGUCUGACCACUGCCAUGCUGACCCUGACCCGACAGGCUCCUGCCUGCCCUUGGCCACCCACUUGGUCCCCCUGCUUCUGUUUUCUACCUCUCCAGGGCUGCCCCCUACCCCACCCCUGCCGCUCCUCUGUCAGUGUGAUCCCUGCUGUGCUCAGGCCCUGCCCCACAGGCCUGUCUGUGCUCCCAGCUUGGGGUAAGGGAGGGUUUUGCUUCUUGCACCUACAGGGCAGCAGGAGCUUGAUGCCCUUCAACACAGCUGCCAGCCCUGGGGGUGUGGGGCCCCUAGAGUAUGCUCUCCCUCCAGUGUUCAGCCUUCUGGCACUGCAGGCCUAGGUUGGAGCAGGCUCAUGGAGUAGGGAUGGACUAGUUUGAGCUCUGGGGUCUUCCUGGGGCCCACGGGCAUGUGGGGCAGGAAGCUGGGCAGAGCUGGCCUGGCUCUGAGUGGCCACUGGGGGAAAGGCAGCCUUCUGUCUGCCAAUCUGGGUAGGCCCAGUGGCCGAGCUCUCAUGGGAGCCCCCUCCCCACUUUUUUUUAACCGGCCCCCAUUGUUUCUGGUCGUGUGGACUGAUAUGGGAACUGAAGGCCAGCCAGGGGAGGGGUCGGCCAAAGUCACGCAGGCUGAUGGCAGCUCCAGAGCUGUCUUUGCCCCCUUUGUGCCCCGGGGGACGGCUGGGUCUACAGGCUGGGCAGGGGUCAGGCAGGGAGUCCAGGGUGCCUGGAAGAGGGGGCCACAGCCUGUGGCUGCCUCCCUGGGGUCCUGCCUUCCAACCACGGCGUUGCAGGGAGGACGAGGCUCCGAGGGGGCAGCUUUGGAGGGAGGCCGUUUUCCAGGGUGGGUGGGAGUGGGCUGAGGGCUCAUCCCCACUGACCCUGGACGAUGUGAAUUUUGAUGUUUGCCCGUGUGCGUGUGUCUCCUGGGUGUAGUGGAUGCCAGUCUUGUUGCUGUGACAAGUAACAACCUUUUUUUUAAAUUGUUUUUUAUACAAAAACUCACAAUCUGACAUUUGGUGCUAAGGGUUUCCUGGUGCAGAUGGUGGGCCUGGGGGUUGGGCUGGGCCAGGGCGUGGGUCUCUGGGGUUUGGGUCCCUUGCUGCUCGGGGAGGCAGUACUGACUGGGCACUGCCUCUGCCCCCAGCACCCACCCUCACCCAUCCCCCAGGGAGAAGGGUCCCCACUGGGCUCAGCCUGCAGUAGUAGGGAGACAAGUUCCAGGAGCACUUUGGGGACUGGGGUUGCAGUACACUUCCUGUCUCUGGCUUUAUCCUUGGGCCAGAAGGCUCUGACCCUCAGCAGCCCUUGCCAGAUGUGCUAGGGAGGGGGUGUGGAGACCUGGACGCCCCCACCCAUGCACACCUCGGCCUGAUGAGAGGAUGGAGGCUUGGGCAGAGAUGGGCGUGACCCAGCGUCAGAGGGCCCGGGGAGGCUCUCCUUCCUGUGUCCCAGAGCUUCACUGGUGCAGCCGGUGGGGCUGGAGGUGGAGGGUGGGGUCUGACAGCUUCUACUGGGGCAGCCUCGGGAGGGGAGGGGAGCAGGCACUGGGCAGGGGCCUAGGUGCACUUUGUCCUUGCCACCAAUGGCGGGAGGAGGGUGGACCUGAACACCUCUGCAGGGUGUCGUGCGCCUGCCCCAGCCUCUCAGGUACUUGGCCCUUGGGGAGGAGAGAAGAGGGUCUGGUUUUUGCUGGGGGUGAGUUUCUGGGACACUCCCAAAGCCCACAGAUAAUCCCUGGUGUGGGAAGAGGAGUCCUGGAUACCUUGAUGCUUAGCACUUUAACCCCCUUUGUCUUUAAGGUAGGCGUGGGGGCUACUGUCAGAAGUGGCUGUUGGGUCUGACCCCUCCUUUCUUCCCUCCCUCUCCCACAUGCUGGUCUGCAGAGCACUCCUCCCAAGGGGUAGGGCCCUGGGUGGAGCUCAGCAGGGUCUGCCCACUCCCUACGCUGGCCCACAUAGGCCUCCAGGAGCCCUCAGUGAGAGGGACCAGCAUAGCAGACCCCCAGAGUGUGGUGGGCGCCGACCCUGCCCGGGACCCAGUCGGGGCCCUUUCUGCAGCUCUACCUCUGGCUCAGCGCACGCCCCCUGCCCUGAGAACAGGAAAUGGCCCGGAAAGGCUGACUCAGCGGGCCGACACUCACGAAAAUGGGAUGCACUUUAUUUGCUGGUGCAAAGGCAGGUGAGGGUGCCUCCUGUGUGACCGUUGACCCUCCUGCCUGGUGGCCCUGAAGGGAAGGAGCCAGUGAGCCUGACCCCGGGAGGGGCCGCCCCCGCGCGCCCUGUUUGGCGGGCCCCAGGCGGCUCCCCCAGACCGGGGUCUGGGGCCCCAGGUUCUCCCCUGCCUCGCGGCCGCGCGUCCUGUGCUUUGGGUUUCUUGGUUUGGGUUUUUUAAUGCCAGUUCUCAGUACAUAAGUGCAUUUUGAAAGAGGUUCCAGCUAUCACUUGUAACCAUAUAUAUAUACAUAUAUAUUCUAUCUACAAAGUGUUUAUUUGCGAGAUGUUUCGACGGUGAGUUCGGGCUCCGCCCGCCUUGUGACCAUCUGUCCCCGGUCCUCGUCCCCGCCCCGCGCCCUGGUCCUGAGUGGCGUGCGGACGGGCCAUCACUGUAUGUAUUAAAAUGACUGUAUCAAAUAAAUGUUUAUUGAUUUUUUUCCAG